CAGUUCUCACUUCUCAGCUGAGUAACUGAAGCUGAAGGAAACCCUCGAUCACAACAGAAAUGGCGGCAAAUCAUAGACUACAUCUCCUCUUCACUUUGCUAAUUUGUCUCAGCUUCUCUCUUGCACAGGCAAAGAAAUCUCAGGAAAAAUUGAAAGAAGUGACUCAUAAGGUUUACUUUGACGUUGAGAUUGAUGGCAAACCGGCUGGACGCAUCACUAUGGGUCUCUUUGGGAAAACUGUUCCUAAGACAGCAGAAAAUUUUAGAGCUCUGUGCACAGGUGAGAAGGGGGUUGGAAAACUCGGGAAGCCUCUGCAUUACAAGGGAAGUACAUUCCACAGGAUUAUACCCAGCUUCAUGCUUCAAGGAGGCGACUUUACUCUAGGCGAUGGAAGAGGUGGAGAAUCAAUCUACGGGGAGAAGUUUGCUGAUGAAAACUUUAAGAUCAAACACACAGGACCUGGACUCCUGUCGAUGGCAAACGCUGGCCCUGACACUAAUGGUUCCCAGUUCUUCAUCACUACUGUGACAACCAGCUGGUUAGAUGGCCGGCACGUCGUAUUUGGAAAGGUGCUAUCCGGGAUGGAUGUGGUGUACAAGAUUGAAGCUGAAGGCAAUCAGAGCGGCACACCCAAAAGCAAAGUGGUGAUUGUCGAUAGUGGUGAACUCCCAAUGUGAUCACUUUUUAUGCAUAUUAGAUGCACCAAGACUCAAAAGUUUUAUGGUUUUAACUUGGAAAUUUUGUGAGUUUUAAUGCUGAAGUUAUCGGGCAAACCUUCCCAUUUCGAAAAUAAAUCUUGGAUAGAAGAGCUUUUAAUAUGAA